UGUAGCAGCAACCAAGAAGUAGACGAGCGUUAGAGUUGAGCACUGUUCAGUAGCUAAGAUGGCCACUGCAAGAGCUCUAGCCACCAUGGCAAUCUUCCUCCUGGUGGCGCUCUCCACCUCCCACAUCGCGUCCUCACUCCGCCCUGGUCUCGGUGUCUGCCGUGCAAGUGGCUACCUUCCAGGAAAGUCGGGCAACUGUGAGAAGAGCAACGACCCGGACUGUUGCGAGGAUGGCAAGAGGUACCCGCAGUACCACUGCUCGCCGCCGGUCACCGCGACCACCAAGGCCGUCUUGACGCUCAACAGCUUUGAGAAGGGCAAGGACGGCGGCGGUCCGUCGGAGUGUGACAACGCCUACCAUAGCGACAAGGAGAUGGUAGUCGCGCUCUCCACCGGCUGGUUCAAGAACAUGGCCCGUUGCGGGCACCGCAUCAAGAUCACCGCCAAUGGCAAGUCCGUGUAUGCCAAGGUGGUGGACGAGUGCGACUCCGUCUAUGGCUGCGACGAAGACCACAACUACGAGCCCCCGUGUGCCGACAACAUCGUCGACGCGUCUCCGGCGGUGUGGAAUGCCUUGGGGCUUGACCAGAAUGUCGGCAUGGAGGGAAUCACCUGGUCUGAUGAGUGAGUUUCUAAAACAAAGGUGAGCGCAGGUUAUUGGUACCUCUUGUCGGUCCAGUGUCAUGUAUAUAAUUUUCGUUCUUAUAGGGAAGUCCAGUGUACACAUAUCCUAUACUCGGGAGGCUUAUCAGAUUAUGUAUAUGAUUUCAUGAAUUUAGAGAAGAAACGGUGCUACCUAUGGUUUAGCACAGAUGACAAGUUCACGUUUGCUCUUUGAUCAUGCAUAAAAUAAAUAAUGAGCAGCGUGGUGCAUAAAGAAUGUGAAACACACGAGACAGACACCUGAGAAAGAUACACACUCAUUUUCAAGGGUAGCUAAACAAGUAUAACAGAACAGUAACAAAUUAUAUCAUUCACAUUUGCACUGAGUGUCCAGGGAGCAGCUAAAAAUACAGUGAACUUCCUAGGAAUUUUUUUGUUGAAUUAUACAGACCGUUCUCUUGCACGGUUGCAUCUAAAGUACAGCAUGUUUGCAGCAACUGGCAGCGUAGGAAGAGUGAGAGUGCUCCAAGCUGCAAACAUAACCACUAUAACAAUUUACUCAAGUCAAGCAUUAAUAAGCAAGCAAUCAACAAAAUGGAGCAGCUUAAUCAAGGGCCAUGC